GUCCGACGUACACGGUUGAGAAUGUCCAACCUGCAGGUUGAAUGCGGGAAAAAGGAAGACGGGCGAGUUAAAGAACGCUCAGCAGCUUUUGCUUGGAAAUGACCUGGAUUCAUGAUACAGUCGUUAUGUGGAGAUUAUUAUUCUAAUAAUGUUAUUCAGCUUUUCCCUUUUAUUCUCGUGACCUUUCAUCAGCAGACUAAAUGACCACACACCUGACUUUCUGCAUUUCACAUCACGACGCACGCAAACGCGACUUCACACACACCUGCUGACUCACCCCCGGGCCUCACCCCCGCCCCCUCCCUCCAGCGACACGCUGUUUGUUGAGGUCUGGACAAACAGGUCGCCCGACGCCGCAGCUGCUUUUUCGCCUGCUUGUUGUUGCGUGACGGGCGCCAGUUUAACACAGGUGAAUGUGUUGGAUCGGCCCCUCCACGGGUUGCCAGAUAAGGACGGGUCCCAGUAGCUCCCACAGCCCGUCCUCUUCCUCCUCCUCCUCCUCUUCCUCAGCAUGGACGACCCCCGCGGCUCCAGCAAGGCGACCGGCGGCCCGGACCACGCGGCGCCGCGCGUGCAGAGCGUGCGGCUGAAGAAGGAGAUCUCGCUGCUCAACGGCGUCAGCCUGAUCGUGGGGAACAUGAUCGGCUCCGGCAUCUUCGUCUCCCCGAAGGGCGUGCUGCUCUACAGCGCCUCCUACGGCCUGUCGCUCGUCAUAUGGGUCCUCGGAGGCCUGUUCUCGGUGGUGGGGGCCCUCUGCUACGCCGAGCUCGGCACCACCAUCAAGAAGUCGGGGGCGUCCUACGCGUACAUCCUGGAGUCGUUCGGCGGCUUCGUGGCGUUCAUUCGCCUGUGGACGUCGCUGCUGAUCAUCGAGCCCACGAGCCAGGCCGUCAUCGCCAUCACCUUCGCCAACUACCUGGUGCAGCCGCUCUUCCCCACGUGCGAGCCGCCGUACGCGGCGUCUAGACUGCUCGCCGCCGCCUGCGUGUGCCUGCUGACGUUCAUCAACUCCGCCUACGUGAAGUGGGGGACGCGCGUGCAGGACGUCUUCACCUACGCCAAGGUGGCGGCGCUCAUCGUCAUCAUCGUCACCGGCGUCGCCCGGCUGUGCCAGGGGUACACGGCCAACUUUGAAUCCUCCUUCCAGGGCUCGUCCACGCGUCCGGGCGACAUCGCGCUGGCGCUCUACUCGGCACUCUUCUCCUACUCUGGCUGGGACACGCUGAACUUUGUUACUGAGGAGAUAAAGAACCCUGAAAGGAACCUGCCUCUGGCCAUCGCCAUCUCCAUGCCCAUUGUCACCGUCAUCUACAUCCUCACCAACGUGGCCUAUUACGCUGUCCUGGACGUCACCGCCAUACUGGCCAGCGACGCCGUGGCCGUGACGUUUGCCGACCACACCCUCGGCGUGAUGAGCUGGACCAUUCCCAUCGCCGUGGCCCUGUCCUGCUAUGGAGGCCUCAACGCCUCCAUCAUAGCUGCGUCCAGGCUGUUCUUCGUGGGCUCCCGUGAGGGUCACCUGCCCGACGCUCUGUCCAUGAUCCACAUAGAGCGCUUCACUCCCAUCCCGGCGCUGAUCUUCAACUGUGUGAUGUCGCUGAUCUACCUGACCGUGGAGGACGUCUUCCAGCUCAUCAACUACUACAGCUUCAGCUACUGGUUCUUCAUGGGCCUGUCCAUCGCCGGGCAGAUCUACCUGCGCUGGAAGCAGCCUGACAGGCCCAGACCCCUGAAGCUGACGUUGCUGUACCCGGUGGUUUUCUGCCUGUGCACCGUGUUCCUGGUGGCGGUGCCUCUCUACAGCGACACGCUCAACUCUCUGAUCGGCAUCGCCAUCGCCCUCUCUGGCGUCCCCGUCUAUUUCCUGGGCAUCUACUUGCCAGAGUCCAAGCGACCGCCCAUCAUCACCCGAUUGCUCCGUUCUUUGACUUACUUCACGCAGUACACCUGCUUUUGUGUGCUGACAGAGAGCAGUAAAGGUGAAUAGCAUCCCACGGUCGCCCGGUCGUUACCCAGCAGUCUUUGCGGCAUCGCCAUGGGGACCAGAGGCGCUGAUUCUGCUGAGAGACAGAAAACAAGCGAAAAGAAACACGUUACACUUUGUACUGUACACUGAAGCUCAGACUUCACCCACUUGUUUACAACAGAUUUACUCUGGAAAUUUAAAACAGGCGGGACUGAUGUGUUGCGCACGAUGGACCAGUUCAGUAAACUGUUUACCUCUAGUACAUGUAUUUCAUUGCCACAGGGGCCUAAAGAUAUUGAGAGAUGAAUAGUAAAACUUCCUGAACUAAUAACGAUUUCUCUGCUGCUAUUUUAAAGGAAGGAGGGACUCAUCACUUUAUGCUGUUGCAUUCAUGAACUUCUUGUGCCACUGUAUGCAAAUGUUUUGGUUUCCCUUUAUUGCAUUUGAACUCCUGUGAAGGGUGUUUACACUAUGAUUUGAAUGCUUUCAGUCAAACCUUGUAAGAAGCCGAAGGCUUCAUGAGUUUUGAAUCUAGUGCUCCCUCCCGUUGCAUUGAUUAGUUUACACAUUUACUCGUCCUUCACAUGAGGGAGAACAUGCACCUGCUGCUGCUGCCCCACAGAAACACUGCAGUGCCUAAAGGAAAGAAUCUGUGCUAACCAGCUUCAGGCCUGCUGCAAAGAACACACCUGAACCCAGGUCUUUGUUUUGUUUUGAUUUUGUACAGGACAAGCAAUACAUUUAAAAAUAUAUAUAUACAAGAUUGUUUUUUUUUCUGCACAAUAAACACAAAAUUUCA